CAGACUAUGAGAAGACACAGAAAUGAAGUUACAAUUGAAUUGCGGAAGAACAAAAGAGAUGAACAUCUUUUGAAAAAAAGAAAUGUUCCUCAAGAAGAAAGUUUAGAAGACUCUGAUGUUGAUGCUGACUUCAAAGCACAAAACGUAACACUAGAAGCUAUACUGCAGAACGCCACAAGUGACAACCCCGUGAUCCAGCUGAGCGCUGUCCAAGCUGCAAGAAAACUCCUAUCUAGUGACAGAAAUCCACCUAUUGAUGACUUAAUAAAAUCUGGAAUUUUACCAAUUCUGGUGAAAUGCCUAGAAAGGGAUGAUAACCCUUCGUUACAAUUUGAAGCUGCAUGGGCAUUGACUAACAUAGCGUCAGGCACUUCUGCACAGACUCAAGCCGUUGUACAGUCCAAUGCAGUACCCCUCUUUUUGAGACUACUUCACUCGCCGCAUCAGAAUGUCUGUGAGCAAGCUGUCUGGGCUCUCGGAAAUAUUAUAGGUGAUGGUCCUCAGUGUAGAGAUUAUGUCAUAUCACUGGGAGUUGUCAAACCUCUUCUGUCCUUCAUCAAUCCCUCCAUUCCCAUCACCUUCCUUCGGAACGUCACAUGGGUCAUUGUAAAUCUCUGCAGGAAUAAGGACCCCCCACCGCCUAUGGAGACAGUUCAGGAGAUUUUGCCAGCAUUGUGUGUUCUCAUUUACCAUACAGAUAUAAACAUUCUUGUGGACACKGUUUGGGCUUUGUCCUACUUAACAGAUGGUGGCAACGAGCAGAUACAAAUGGUGAUUGAUUCCGGAGUUGUGCCCUUCCUAGUUCCCCUCCUGAGCCACCAGGAGGUGAAAGUUCAAACAGCAGCACUGAGAGCAGUAGGCAACAUAGUGACUGGUACUGACGAGCAAACACAAGUUGUGCUCAACUGUGAUGUUUUGUCUCAUUUCCCCAAUCUCCUGACACAUCCAAAAGAGAAGAUAAACAAGGAAGCAGUUUGGUUCCUUUCCAAUAUCACAGCAGGAAACCAGCAGCAAGUGCAGGCUGUAAUAGACGCUGGGCUAAUCCCUAUGAUCAUACACCAGCUGGCGAAGGGGGACUUUGGAACACAAAAGGAAGCUGCUUGGGCAAUUAGCAAUUUGACAAUAAGUGGGAGGAAGGAUCAGGUCGAAUACCUKGUACAGCAGAACGUAAUCCCACCGUUCUGCAAUCUGCUCUCAGUGAAGGACUCUCAAGUGGUACAGGUGGUGCUGGAUGGGCUGAAAAACAUCCUGAUAAUGGCUGGCGAUGAGGCUAGCACAAUAGCUGAAAUUAUAGAAGAGUGUGGAGGGUUGGAGAAAAUCGAAGCCUUGCAACAGCACGAGAACGAAGACAUUUAUAAACUAGCAUUUGAAAUCAUAGAUCAGUAUUUCUCUGGCGACGACAUCGAUGAAGAUCCCAGUCUCAUUCCUGAAGCCACUCAAGGAGGUACUUACAAUUUUGACCCRACGGCCAACCUGCAAACGAAAGAAUUUAAUUUUUAAGUUCGAUAAAAUGCAGCUUCUCUGUCCCACACCAAUAUGAAGCACCACCAGAUGGCUACCAAAUGAAGAAACAAAAGGCUCCAAGACACACAUGCCUCUUCGUUUUGAUGCUUCUAAAGCAAGCCAUGUAUCGGUCACUUUGCAGUUGCCAAACGUCACUAUCACAUGGACUGUAAAUGCAUAUGCAUGAUCUCUUAAACUGUUUUAGAAUUCUUUUUAACAGUCCCAACUACCUUUUUUUGCCUUUUUCCUGGUGCCACAUGCUGACAACCGCAAUCUGCAGUUUUGUUAAGAAUAUUCCAUAGUGGUGGCACAUUGGCUUUCCACGGAAAAGUCGCUUCUUUGGAAAAUGGUGCGCUGUGGAUCAAGACACUUUGGUAUGACGCGUACAUUUUGGAAGACUUUACAAGGGCCCGGGUUGCUCCGGGCCUCCAUCAUCGUCCUCCACAAAACAUAUUUUCAUAUACUUUAUGUGGAAGAAUAGAUUAAAAAAAAAAAUGCAAGCCAAAUGAAUUUCAUUGGUGAAACUGAAAUAAAAGUAACUUCAAACAAACACUUGGCAAUUGAUUAAACACUUAAGCUUAAAACAAACAAACAAAACUACUUCAUCUAUCAGUAAUUGAUGUGUGUUCAUUAACUGCCUCAGAAACCAGGGUUGGAGAAUGAACUGUAGAUUUGGACUGGUAAAGCUUUUGCCAUUAUACCUAAUUUUUGAGAACAGCGAGCCCUAUUUGACCACUCACUUCAGCCUGUGUGUUCCUGCUGUUUUGAAGUAAUCAAAUGCUGUGCAUGGUAUUUUACCUGAGCUACAACCUGUUAUGGACUUGAACUUCUGUUUAAGCUGAAAGCAAGAGUCCCAGACUGUAGAGAGAAAAAAAAAAAAAAAAAAAAAAAGUGGAAAAAAAAGAAAUCUGUCCAAAAAUGUAUUAGCUCAAAAGAAUCUUGCUUUCAACUUUCAGUAGUCAAUAUAUUUUGUUUUAAAUUGAUAAUUGGAUAUGGUUGAUUUAUAUUGGGUUUAAACUGUGGAGCUUUCAUGUUUACUGUAAUUUAGUCUUAAACUAUUUUUUACUUAGUAACCAGUGCUUAUGAUGAUGUGGUUGGCAACAAACCAGCACCUACUUAGAAGCGUCCUAAAAGCUUCACUCUUGGAGUAUUGGGAGAGCAAUUGAGAAAUUUCGUCUCCGAUCUUAUUCGCGCGAUUAAAAAGCUACAAACUGGUCGCUGUGUGAGGCUGGUGGGAGCUGCAGUUCUUGAGCAGAAACGCGGUGUGCGGCGCACAUCGCACAACUCCACGUACGGGAGGGGAGGUCGUUGCUUUCGGAAACCCGGCCGCCCCCGGCAUUUCCAGAGGGAUUUUGGCACCGCUGGGGCGCAGGUGGAUCACUUCGGGAUUCUGUAAGCUAUCACACAAACUGGUUUUGUUGCUGUUGUUUACUGGGUGUAACUUCCCAAUGCAUUGAUGUGAAGGGAUAGAAAAAUCUAAACUAAUUUAGUUAUUGGAUGUGGGUUGUAUUUACUGUGAUGAAGAUAAGGCCAGAUGCCAUCAGAGCUUUGUGGAUCAGCUGUUUUUCCACUGAUGAACAACGCAUAGCAGGUGUGCAUUCAUUAAAUAUAUAUCUGCCAAGGUGGAGCCACUUUAAAGAGUGAGUUGUCUUGUAUCUUAACCGGAUACAAGCGUAUGUUUAAACUGCAAGAUUUUUACUUGCUAGAUAAUCUGUUUUAAUAUAGUGGUUUGGCCUCUGAUUAUUUAUAGGUUUUAUAAAUUUUAGAAUCAAUUUCUCUUUAAGGUGGCUCAGAUUUUUUCAACUCUUGUGCACAUAAAAUUGAGUUGAAGUUCAUUGUGCCUUUUUUCUUUUCCCAGAAGUUGAGUUGAAGCUUCAUAUGGUAACUGCAUCCUAUUCACACACUAUAGUCUAAAAUCUUGAAACUGUGUGGUGUUCGCUAAGAAACUAAACAAUAAAAAGUCAAAGUUAGGUAAGGUCACAAAGUUUUUGUGAAAUUAGAGUUCCAGCAGACGUUAUUGUGAACAAAUACUCCCCCUUCUAACUCGAUUUUGUCUCCCUAUCCGCCGUAGAGACUGACGGUUCCCCU